CGCGGGGGGUGGGGAUCGCCCCGCCGCCGCCUGAGGAAUGUCAACUAUUCAACAUGGAGACGGCGCUCGCCAAGCUCGAGGCCAUGUUCCAGAAGGCAGAGGCUGAUCUGGAUUGGAUUCAACACAGGCUGGAGUAUGAAAUUAGGAGAAAUCUUCCUGAUGAUGCACCACCAGAGGAGGACCCACUGGCCAUCCUGGAGGAGCUCUCAGCGGCAAAAGCUCGUUACAAAGCACUGUGCACACGGAUGGACAAAAUAUCCAGGGAGCAGAAGGAAGCCAUGGAGAGCCUCCAAGCUCCUGUGGAGAACACAAUGAAGAUAAUUCAGGAAUUACAGCAAAAAGCUUGUCUUGAGAGCUCCCCCCUGUCAGCAGCAGAAGAGGCUGCAGCAGAGCAGCUGGGCAUCCAGAGUGGGGGAGGUCUGGAAUCAUCAGUGGAAGAGGCACAUUAUGCAAGAUCUACAGUCUCUGACUCAGAUGAAGAGUGGGACUGAGUUUUUCACAGGUGGAUGAGAUGAGCACGAAACUCGCUCAAGAAUGCAAGUCCUGGAAGAACUUGGUACUGUGAAAAGCAACAAAAAAGGGACUAUUAAAGUAGCCGUGUAAGCGAAAGCUCAGCCCGUUCUCCUCUGAGACACAAAGCACCUUGGUCACAGCUCCUGGAUUGUGAAGGAACAAAUAUUUCCCUGGGAUCUAAGAGCUGCUAAAAGCCCACUGUUGGAAAGCUGUUAUGUUUCUGUGCACAAAUUCUGUCUCUAGUACUUAAAACUGGAGAGUUAAAAACCACCGAGGCUGGCCUUUUGCCUUAGAUAUUUCUAUGGUCAAUGCAUUUUUUUUUAAAGAGUGUUAAUGAGCCACGUGACAUUUUCUUGCUCUCCUCCUUUGGUGGGGUUUUUAACAACCCAAGCCUCUUAAGUGUACUUACAUUCCUGAAUAAAUGAUGAAAGCUAA